AUUGAAGCUUUGCAUAUUCUACUACAAGAUGGCUCCUCUGUAUCGCUAUAGUUCGUAUCGAUGUAAAGUUGUAGACGACACUGCGUGAGCCAAAAGAGUAAACGCGGACUUGUCAAAUGAACGUGGAUGAACUGAGAGAGAAAGGAAAUGCCUGCGUCAAAGAGGGCAAUCAUGAGGAGGCCGUCUUGCAUUACAGCGCGGCGAUCCAGUCAGAUCCAACCAACCAUGCGCUUCACAGUAAUCGUUCCUUAGCAUUCUUGAAAAUACAGCAAUAUUUUUUGGCCUACAAAGAUGCUAAACGUACCAUAGAUUUAAAGCCAGAUUGGGCAAAAGGUUAUUUUAGAAAGGCUGAAGUGGAAAUGGCAACAUUCCAUUUUGAGAAAGCUCUGACUUCUUAUUCAAUGGCAUUCCGCCUACAAAAAGAAGACAGAUCUCUCAUUGAUUCUAUGAGGAAAGCAGGUAGAGAACUAAAAAAAGACCAGAGAGCUGACAAGCAAAUUCCCUGGGUUGGUGCUGGAAUUGGUAUAAUUGUUGGAGUUACCAUUGUACUGGCUGACUACUUAAUUGUUGACAAACCUGUUUUGGUGCACCCAAUUCUCAAAGUGCUAAUGACCAUUGCAAUUUCUUUCAUUGGUUUUGGAUUCUGUAAAUUGUACAGAUAUUAUGUUAAGAAUCAAAGAGAUUCUUUACUGCAGCCUCCCUUUGAUCUCUCUGGUGAAAAUGAUUCUCUUGAUAAUAAUAGUCAUGAAGAACCUAAUGGCAACGGCGGGGGCACCAAGAUGCCUGAAGGACGAGAUAAUCAGAAGAAAUUCACAAAAGCCCAGGCAAGACACCGGUAUCGAAAGGGCAAAUCAAACUGAUUUUUAAAGCUAAAAUUAUACUGCCCAUUGAUUUCUUAUUGCUGUUGCUUCACCCAUUUAACAAUUCCAAGUUUCUAUUUACUAACUGUUUACUAUGAUACUGACCCGUAUGUGGCGGAGGAUCAAGUUCAAGAUAGAUGGCAGCGCAAUCAUUCUAGCAGACAGAACAGUUGUAAAUACAAGGGAAGUUGAAUGACAUAA